AAACACAAACAAGCUUGUUAAUUUCAAAACAUAAACCGCAAUCUUUGAGUCUAUCAUACAAAUUCAAUGUUAAAUAACAACAUUGCUGGUAAAAAUAAUCAGCUUACCACAAGAUGGGUAAAGCAUCAGCAUCGACGCUGAAUACUGGAGAAAUCGUGCUGUCGGCAAUAAAAAAACUUAUGAGGAAUACCGGUUGGACCGCACGGACUAUUAUCAAGUUUAUAAAAAUGGAGUACAGAGUUAGCGACCCUAAACUAAGUCGGAAGGUUUCAAGGGCGUUGAAACGUGGUGUCAAAUUGGGUCUGCUUCAAAUGGAGCGUGGCCGCUACAGACUCAACGACAUGUCGCGGCUGGCGCGGCCGGUGAGCGCGCGCGAGAUCAGACUGCGCCAGCGCCGCGCGCGGCAGAGGCAGCGCGAGCGCCCCCUACACAUUCGCAGCCACUCGCCCUCCAUCACGUCGGAGCGAGCAUACAUCAGCUACAGGCGAUCUUAA